AUGACUUCAACAACCGCUACGCCAGACUUUUUCCAUCUGGAACGCAGGAGUUAUAACACAGUUCAAUCUAGAGGUCUUAUUGCAAAGACCAACGAAGUAUAUCAAAGAGCAGUAGUCGAACAAGCUCGCAAUCUCAGGGCAUUUCUAGAGCCCUUGCAGCACCUACAUCCCUUGCAACGCCCUCAGCCCCCACAGUCCUCACCACUCUUGCCGCCCUUAGAUCCCAAUUUGGCCUCUGAGGGAUUUGUUGCGACGCAAAUGGAAGAUAACAAGGCAAUCACGCGCCACAUCAUCAACUGGCUCUGUCAUGACGAGGUUAUUUUUCAACACCUCGAAAAUCUGGACGAUCCUACCAAGCUCCGCGGCAUGAAGGGUAUUCUGCAGAGGUUCAAAGAAAAGGGGUAUUUGAAUGAUCAAGGCUGGACAAAUGAGAUAGAUUGUCCUGACUUGAAAGCACCUCACUUUAAUCGCCAACACGGUGGCAGAUUCAGCACAGAAGAUCAUAUGACUAGAUUUAUGAAUCGUUCAGUGAAGGAGGCGCUUUUACUAGCAGGCGAUUCAAAGAUUAAGCGAAUUUGGAGUUCAGACUAUUGUCAGAAGCCUCUUCCUGGAUCCGCCGAAGAACGCAAACCUGAUAUCAUCCUUGUUCCCAGUGAUCCUCUUGUUCAGGACUGGCGUCGCGUCUUCACGCUUGCUGAGAUGAAGCAGCAUGGGGUUGAUGUUGAUAAACAGGAGUGGUUUGAUGAGAUCGCAAAGCGAGCGAACACAAUCUGGGGUUGUCAGGAUGCUCGCAACUUUGUCAUUGUCUUGAUGUUCCUGGGCGAAGCAUUUACGUUUGCAUUUUUCGAUCGUGGAGGCGCUGUUUGCCUUGAUAUGCUAAACAUCAUGGAGGAUAAGGAGGAAUACCUUCGGCUUGUCUUAUACUUAUCCCUGGCUGAUCCUGGUAUGGUGGGUCUGGAGACAUCCAUUGGGCAGGAUGAAGCCCGGCGAUUUGUACGAUCAAGAGUUUUUGGUCCCGAGGUGCCAAUCAAUAUGGUGCUGUUUAUCAGUAAUAAUAUUCAUGGUCAUGGCACCGUUGCGCGUCACGUCACACUAUCACGAGAGCGCAUUGCUCAAGUGUUGCAAUCGGGCGGGUCUUGGGAUGCCAUGGAGAAAUGGCUCAAGGGAAUGGAGAAUGAGGUGGAUGUGGUGGUGAAAGAUACCUGGGUUGAUCUCACUGCACCACACACGGAAGGGAUGAUUCUCAAUGACCUUCGGCUGAAAGGAGUACAGGGUGUUACGUGUUUGCUCUUUGAGGGACUGGUUGUUGGUCCUGCUUUGCCACCUCCACUCGGUCAACUUGGCGAUCAUCCAGGCAUUGGUUCACUCAAGGAUAUUGGUGCGAUCUCUCAGACUGGCGAUGUUAAUGUCUGGAGUAGCACUGUCUACAACCGAUCUUUCUGGGGUGUUCCAACACUGGCCUUGGCACACAAGAGCAUGGCUAGGAGCGUCAACAAAUACGAUCGCUACCAUCCUGUGUCUGAAGGUUUUACCUUGCCAAAGCUGGAACCUGUGAUGCGCUGUAGAAACAACUAUACUGAGAGGAACAAAACAAAGAUUGCUCCUAACUGA